AUGCCGAAGAACAAGGGAAAGGGUGGAAAGAACCGGAGACGUGGAAAGAACGAGAACGACGAUGACAAGCGCGAACUGGUCUUCCGUGAAGACGGUCAAGAGUACGCUCAAGUAACCAAGAUGCUUGGUAAUGGUCGCCUGGAGGCACUCUGCUUCGACGGGGAGAAGAGGUUGGCACACAUCCGGGGGAAGAUGAGGAAGAAGGUGUGGAUCAACCAGGGGGAUAUCAUCCUGAUCUCCCUGCGCGACUUCCAAGACGACAAGGCGGAUGUCAUCGUGAAGUACACCGCCGACGAAGCUCGGAGCUUGAAAGCAUACGGCGAGCUCCCGGAGAACGCAAAGAUCAACGAGACAGAUGCGUUUGGCGACGAGGAAGGGGAGUGUACGUUCGAGUUCGGGGACGACGAGGAGGUCGACAUCGACGACAUCUGA